GUUGAUUUUUAAAUUCUAUAAAUGUGCAUUUUUUAAAUUUUAUUCAAUUUACAUUUCAUUCAUUUAUUUUUAAAUUAAUGGACGUCAGCUGACUUAUGAGUGUGAAUAUAGCUGACACGUCAUUUUUAAAUUUUAAAAAUAAGCGAAUUAAAUAUGAAUUGAAUAAAAAUAAAAAAAUGCACAUUUAUAAAAUUUCAAAAUCAGUAUGCAAAUUUUUUUUAUUUUUAUAUUUUUAAUUGUUGUUCGUUUAUUUGUAAUUUAAAAUUUUCCUCAUCCACAUUCGUACUCAUCAAUUUUUGAAUUUAUUUAAAAAUGACAAAUUAUUAAAAGAUAAAUAUUUGAAAAGUUGCACCUAUAGCUUUUCUAAUUUUCUACAAGUGCAUUUUUUAUUUUUCAUUUUUUUAUAAAAUUUGUUGAAAAAAAAACUCGAAAAUUGUUAACUGUCUGCUAACUUCAGGAUCAUUGGAGUUUCUGUUGGUAAAAGAGACUGAGACACAAUUAACAAUCAUAAUAAUUGGAAUAGAGUUAAAAAAUAAUAUUGCUCGUGUCAUCUAGCUGUCAGUGAAAUUUAUUUAUUUAUAACACAAUUUAUUUAUAAAAAUGAUGAAUAUUCACAAGAUAAGUUUGAAAUUAUGUAGACUGUGUGGAAAAGAAAAAUCCCGAGGCACUGACGUCUUCAAAGAUAAAAUAAAAGGAGCAGUACUAGUUUCUAUUAUCAAUAAAUAUUUUCCUAAAGAGGUAAUAAAUGUUUCGAUAUCUGAUACAUUUUCCAAGUAUGUCUGUAUGGAUUGUGAACAAAAAAUAUGCAGCUUUGAUGAGUUUUGUUUGAUGGUAGCAAAUGUUCAAAAACAACUUGCUGCUCCAUCAUUGGAAAUUGAUUUUGCAGAGGAUAUGCUCUGUCAUCUAAAAGAAAAUGAAAUGUCUAUAGAAAAACCCAUAGCUAAUUCCAGGGUAAGAAAAAAAUUCAUGUGCGAGCAGUGUGCUAAAAGUUUUCGAUGCCUGUCACACCUAGAAAGACACAAACGCAUUCACACUGGCCAGCGUCCGUUCAUUUGUAAUAUCUGCUCGAUGUCAUUCAAUCAGCAGGAAGUAUUGAGAAAACACCAGGAAAGUCAUCAAGGAAAAAAAGAAUUCCGAUGCGAAACUUGUCUUCAAUCGUUUCGUUACAAAAUAUCUUUAAAAUCCCACAUGCUGAACUUCCAUUUAGAGUCUGACCAGAACUCAGUGGUAAAUCCUUUCAAUAACAAUCCGCUGACCUGUACCGAGUGCGGCAAAACAUUCGCGACAAAGUACAAACUUCAGAGACACUCGCGUUGUCACACAGGGGAGAGACCUUACAGUUGUAAUUUUUGUAAUCGAUCGUUUUCACAGACUGGUAAUUUAAAAUUACACUUAAGUAAAUGCUCUCGUAGCAAUAUGAUGCCAGAAGGAAUAGAAGUAGGAGUUGACUAUGGGGAUGGUAGUCUUGAAUGCCGGGAAAAUGUACCUGAGUCUUUGACUGAUCAAAGACUGGAACCUUUCCCGCCGGUUUAUAUAACCGAGAGCGAAAUUCAAAAGACGAUAAACGAAACUAUAAAUUCAACAGAUCCAAACUCAUCGUCAUAUUUGAUAAAAAGUUAUGACAAUCAAAUUUAUAUUGAUGACGAAAUAGAAACUAUACUUGAUCAAGAUCUGGGACAUCUAGAUGCCAGCUCAGAAAAAAUGUCUCUCUGUUUAAAACAGCCCGAGACCCCAGAAUUAUUCCACAGUCUACUGUAUGACGUUUGAUAAAUAUAU